AUGCACAAUAGGGCACCCAAGUUCCCCGGUCGACCUGGACCACGAAAAUCCAACACCUCUACACCUGCACCAGGCGACGAAGGGCCAUAUGUACCGACCCUAGCCGACCGUCUCUCCUACGCCGAUUCUCCUCGCCCAUUCAAAUCCCCCACAUUCACCUCCAAACUACCCUCUCGCACAGCCACAACAUCAACAUCGAUCGUACGUAAGAACGCCAAGCAGAUCCUCAUACUGGAGCGAGAGCGACUCAGUGGGGGAGACGGUUUCUUAUCGGCUGUUCAUACGGCCGCGAAGGCCAGAGGAGAAGUAAUAGAUAUAACAAAAAAGAAGAAAUCUACAGGUGCAGUUGGAGGUAAAAAAGGCAAUAUAGCGAAUUUACUCAAGGGUAGAUUGAAAAGAGAGCUGUCAACUCAACAGAGUGAGAGUGGAUCGGCUCUGGGUUUAGGUAUAGACAGUCAGAUGGAUAGUGGGACUAGUACGCCGUUGAUUGAUGAUGAGGAGGAAGAAAUGGAGGUGGAUACUCCCAAUAAUGAGGUGGUGAAAGUAGAAGGAGUGAUCGAUAAUAAUAUACCAAGAAAAGAAAUUAUAACUUAUCAUACACCUACUGCACCACCUUCGUUACUACCUCCCAAGAAAUACUGUGAUAUAACGGGAUUACACGCCAAUUAUACCGAUCCAAGGACGAAGUUGAGAUAUAAGGGAUUGGACGUAUGGCAUGUGGUGAGAGGAUUGGGACCUGGUGGUGAUCAAGCUUAUCUCAGUUUGAGAGGCGCUCAAACAAGUUUGAAGUAG